AUGUUCUGCAAAUCAUUAAAAGAAAUUAAUCUAAUAGGAAUAGUCGAAAUCAAUAGAAAAGCAUUUUCUGACUGUUACUCAUUAAAGAGAAUUGAAAUAAGUUAUUUCACUCAAAAUAUUGAUAAUUAUGCAUUUUAUAAUUGUAUAAAUCUUGAAGAAGUUGUUUUCGAUCAAUCAAGUAGGUUAGAACAGAUUUCCAUAGGUACAUUUCAGAAUUGUAUUCAUUUAUCUUCAGUAACACUUCCACCUGAAUUGGGAAGUAUUAUGGAUUUUGCAUUUGCCAAUACAUCUUUAAAGGAAAUUAGAAUCUCAUUUUUUACGAUGGUUAUGACUCAUGCAUUCGAUAAUUGUCAGAAUAUUAAAGUUAUAAAUACUGCUGUUUAUGACAGUGAAUAUAUAAUCCAUCAAAGUGAUCAAAAAUUAUUUUUUACAACAUUAGGUAAACUAAAUUCAACAUAUAAAGUUCCUGAUGGAGUUAUUCAAUUAAAUGCUUUAUCAAUUAACUCCAAUAAUGUUUUUAAUGAAACUAUUGGCGCAUAUGAAACUGAUUUAGGAAUUCGAACUCUAAUUGUACCAGAGUCAGUCCACGAGAUAACUAAUGGCGGCUAUACCAAUUCAUUUUACUUAUGUUUUCAUUAUCUCGACAAUAUUUGUUAUGAAGGUACAUAUUUGCAAAUAGAAAUUCCGUAUUAUUUAGUAAUGCAGUAUUUUAAUUAUUACACAUAUUAUACAAUAGACAAUGUGUUUUUUGAUGAUGAUAAUAUUCUGGUAGGUUUUGAUGGACCAUUUCCAAAUCCUAAAAUUUAUGCACCAAACUUGACAGCUACAGAUUCAAGCUAUGAUAAUUUUCCUAUUUUGAAUGAACCAUGUCCUGAUACUAUAAAACCACCUGAAAAAAUUAUUUAUGAAUCAGAUAUUAUUCAUAAAAAGAUUAUUAUUAAGAAAGGAACUAAUCAUUCUGAUACAGCUUCAAGUUACAUUAAUUCAAAUACACAAAAUACUGUUGAUCCAAUUAUAUCAAUUGAAAAUGCAAUUGAAGCAAAUGCAGAUGUAAAGCUUUCCUCAAGAGAAACAAUCACAAUCUCAAUUUGUGCUUCAAUUGUUGUCAUUGUUAUCAUAUUAGCAAUUCUUUAUGUUUAUAUGAAAACGAAGGCUCCAAUUCUUUCAGAUGAUAGUGAUAUCUUAGAAAUGGCUGAAGAAACAAUUCAUGCAAGCACUUCAGUUACAUUCGAUAACCCACUAUUUAUUACAACAUCUGCUCUGCCAGACGAUCCAUUUGCAUCAGAUUUCCAAAACGAUGAAUUUAUUAUUGAUUGUUUUAAUAAAGAUGAGUUAGAUGAAUAA